CGAGGAGCAGAAAUGCGAAGAGGAGGUUUUCCCCUUGGCCAUGAACUAUGUGGAUCGCUACCUGGCUUGCGUCCCCACGCUGAAAAAUUGGCUGCAGCUUCUGGGGACGGUCUGUAUGCUCCUGGCCUCCAAACUGCGAGAGACGGUGCCUUUGACGGUGGAGAAACUCUGCAUUUACACGGACAACUCCGUCACACCACGCCAAGUUCGGGAAUGGGAAUGCUUAGUCCUGAGGAGCCUCAAGUGGGACCUGCUGUCGGUGAUCCCAAAUGACUUUCUGGAUUAUAUUCUCCAUCAGCUCCCAUUUCCCCCGCAGAAGGUGGACACGGUCAAGAAACACACACAGACACUCAUUGCGCUGUGCGCUACAGAUUGCACCUUCAUCCUGUACCCGCCGUCCCUGAUUGCCGCGGGCAGCAUCGCAGUGGCAGCCCCUGGCUUCUCUGCCCUGUCAGACCUCUUUUCUAGUGAUGUGAUUACAGAACUGCUGGCUGGCAUCAUUGGCGCCAAAGUGGACUGCCUAAAAGUUUGUCAGGACACCAUUGAAGCAGCAGCUGUAGCAAAGAACCUGAAACAAAUUUCUUGUCCGUAACAAGAACCUGGGUUGACCUCUGAGAUGGCUAGGAAAUUGGUCUGACCAAACAUCAUGGACCAAAAUCGGGAAUUUCAAAUUCCUUCCCACUCUCCAGAACUGUUAGACUACAAUUCCCAUCACCCCCAGCCAGCAUGCCCAGCAAGGCUAAAGAUGGCAGGAACUGUAGUUCAAAACCAUUCAGGUUAGGGAAGGCCACUAGUUGUUCUCAAAAACCAUCCAUCUACUCCAGUUGGGACUAACCAAUACAAUCCAUACCAUUCAUUGCAAAUUCGCUUUCAACUGUUAAGCAUUAUCAUUCUGUUCAAUCCAGGAUGGCAUUACUGUGUUUUGAAUGUAAUAUUUCCUUUACUGUAUAUUUAAAAUAUGUCCUUUGAUUUAAUCCGCCUUGCGAGAGUUUUCCCCCUGAAAGAUGCUGAAACAGUUUUUGAAAUAAAUAAGUCUGACGCUUA